GAGGACUGUGGUUGCUCUGACGGCAACAACUAUUAUGAGGCAGGAGCCAGUUUUGUUAAAGAAGACUGUUCUGAAGUGUGUAAAUGCGCAAGAGGUGAACUUAAUUGUGAAGACAUGAUUUGCGAUUCAAAUUCUGAAUGUAGAGUUGAUAAUGGUCAGCGUGGUUGCUAUUGUUCAUUCCCAUUUGUAGGAGAUGGAUUGACUUGUAACAUUGAUCCUUGUCUGGAGGAUCCGUGUGGACAGAAUGGAAAAUGUGAAGUCAGUGACCAAGACCCACGUGGGUAUGUCUGCAUCUGUAACAGAGGAUGGAUGGGUGAUAACUGCAAUGAAGGAACUGCAAUUUGCAGUGCUCAUGGUGACCCUCACUACACUACAUUUGAUGGCUUACGGUAUGAUUUCCAGGGAGAUUGUAAAUAUAUUCUUUGUCAAAGCACAAAUUCUAUUGAUCCACCAUUCACCAUUCUUCAACAAAAUGUAAGAAUACCCAACUCUGCUGUUGCAAGGACACAAGAAGUAACAAUAAUUGUCUAUGAUACG